AUGUCGGCCACGGUUGAAGCUCCAAAUCAAUUCAAGCAACCUUCCCGUAAGGGCAAGAAGGCCUGGAGAAAAAAUGUCGACGUUACGGAGGUCCAGGAAGGCCUUCGCCUUCUGAAAGAUGAAGAAAUCAAAGGUGGUGUUCUAGCAGAAAAGCCUUCAGAGGAAUUGUUCGUCAUCGACAAGAAGGGCUCCGCCGAGAUCAGAAAUGCAUACUUCAAACAGAACAAGCCUCUGAAGGCCGAUGAGAUCCUAGCCCAGCGUUCUGCAAUUCCUGCAGUCGAUACCCGCAAACGUUUGAACUCGAAAGUCACAGACGGUGUGAUCGAACCGAAAUCCAAGAGGCACAAGAGCGACUGGGUCACCCGCAAGGAAUGGCUGCGCUUGAAGCAGGUGGCCAAGGAAGCGAAUCCGACUCAGAAGGCGGAAGGAAGCGAACUUUAUGACCCUUGGGCAGAUGCUGAAGACCCAACACCUGUUGAAGACCCUCAGUUUGAUUACCUCGAGAAGCCCAAGCCCAAAGUUGCACCUCCGACGAUCAAGCACCCUCCAAUCUCACUUGCCGCGAAUGGAAAGCCAAUUCCGUCUGUUCGUACACCAGAUGCUGGCAUCAGUUACAACCCAUCAUUUGAGGAUUGGGAUCGUCUUCUACAAGAGAAGGGACAAGAAGCCGUAGAUGCUGAGAAGAAGCGCUUGGAAGAAGAGCGGAAGGAGCAAGAGAGGCAGCGCCUUAUUGCCGAGGCACAAAAUGAUGAUGGUGAAGUCAAAUCUGACGAUGAGAGUGCCUGGGAGGGAUUCGAAAGCGAAUACGAGAAACCAGAGUGGCUGAACAAGAAGCGUCCAGCGCGGAAGACGAAGGCAGAGAGAAAUAAGAUCAAGAGGCGCAAGGAGGCCGAAAGGAAAGCUAAAUGGGAAGCCAAGAUGAAACAGAAGGAAGAGCAACUUGAGCAAGCGAAGACUAUCGCGGAACAGGUGCAGCAGAGACAACUCGAACGCAGUCAGGAGUCUGAAGAUGAUUCUUCCGAAGAGGGAGAUGAUGUCGCUUUGCGGCGUAAGCCAUUGGGCAAAUCCCGUGUGCCCGAGAAACCGUUGGAGGUUGUACUCCCAGACGAACUUCAAGACUCAUUACGUCUACUGAAGCCGGAAGGAAAUCUACUAGAUGACCGCUUCCGCACGUUAAUAGUGCAAGGAAAGCUGGAAUCUCGCAAGCCGGUGACACAGGCCAAGAAGGCAAAGAGGAAGCUGACGGAGAAGUGGACAUACAAGGAUUUCAAAGUCCCAGGAUUGGAGAUUUGA